GGUAGGUGAGAGGCACAUAUCCUCGACGUUGCCAGACCUUAGGUACCUGUAGUGGCGCCUAAAAUUAGGUACGCAGCAGCAGUGUAUGCUACUGGUAGGUACUUGUUAUAUACUGCAAAUCCCCAACGCCGUCGGACAGUGCUGGAUACGGUAUCCGUACGCAAUUCGUACGGGCAAGGAGGCUUAGCGGUAGCCUGGCAGGCCAUGAUUCAAUUUUGCAAGUCGUGUCAUUUGUCGGAGCUGGGCAACGUACCUGAGGUACUCCCUCUCGACCUACCUACACUUCAACAUCCCGCCCGCCGAGCACUCAUCAGCCUACCCUGCGUCCGACAAGCGCAACACGCACGCGAAUAGGCUCUGCCGGCGUUAUUCGGCUCUGUUCUACCGACGACAUCACCCCCUGCCCCGUCCUCGUCUCCGCUGCGGCCGCCUCUCUCUCGCCCCGACCCCGACUCCGCGAUACGACGCCGAAACACCAAGGCCGGCACCUGUGGGCAAUCGAUGAAGGAGAGCUCGACAACCUGCGAUGCGGCAACUCCUACCGUACCAUAGCCACCCGCGAACCGCUUCUCCGUCUCCCCGCCCUCCUCUACAUACAUGACUCGGAUACGGCAAACACGUGUUCGACCGCACUGCGCAGGUGUCCCGUGUGCCCGUCCGAAGAGAGGGUAGUGAUAAAAUAGAUACCGAUAUAUCGACUAGAUAACACCGUCCUCAUGGCCUCGUUCAAGGGCACUUCUUUGCGCGACCGCCAAAUCGCGUCCCUCAAGAAGAUCCUCAAUCUCAAUGAGACUCUGGACCAGAAGGAUGAAGACGAUUCCCACGCGAAUGGCCUGGCUCCGGCCGGCCCGAUCUUGACAGCCCAGGGCGAACCUAUAUGGAAAGUUCUCGUAUUCGACGAUCUAGGCCGUGAUGUAAUUAGCAGUGUCCUUCGAGUAAAUGACCUGCGAGCUAUGGGCGUCACCAUGCACAUGAACCUUGCCGCGGCUCGGCACCCCAUCCACGACGUUCCCGUCAUCUACCUUGUCGAGCCCACGGCCAAAAGCCUCGAGGGUAUAACGAACGAUCUUCAGAAAGGCCUCUACACCCCUGCCUAUAUCAACUUCCUCUCCUCGAUACCGCGCCCCCUUCUAGAAGACUUCGCGUCCCAGACCGCUGCCGCAGGCACCGCCGAGCACAUCGCCCAGCUGUUCGACCAAUACCUCAACUUUAUAGUCGCCGAGCCCGAUCUGUUCAGCUUGGGAAUGCAAAACGAGCACACCUACUGGGCCUUAAACAGCGCGAAGACCAAGGACGAGGAAUUAGAUCAUGUUGUCGAUAGGAUCGUUAGCGGCCUGUUCAGCGUCGCCGUGACUAUGGGUGUCAUCCCAAUUAUACGGUGUCCCAAGGGAGCUGCCGCCGAGAUGAUCGCGGGGAAACUCGACCGGAAACUUCGUGAUCAUAUCCUCAACUCGAAGGAGAACCUUUUCUCCUCGAAUACACGAACCGCGUCCUCCACCAGCACCCCCGCUUCCCGUCCUGUCCUCAUUAUUCUCGACCGAAACGUCGACCUUAACCCCAUGCUCUCGCACUCCUGGACGUACCAAUCUCUAGUACAUGAUGUUCUGAACAUGAGGCUCAACCGAAUUACUAUCGAAUCGCCGGUAGAUGAGGAGAAUCCGGCAAAGGGGACGACAAAAAAGGCGUACGAUUUAAACUCUACCGAUUUCUUCUGGGAAAAGAAUGCCAGUGUUCCAUUUCCCCAAGUUGCCGAGGAUAUCGACGCGGAAUUGAUGCGAUACAAAGACGACGCUGCCGAGAUCACCAAGAAAACCGGGGCAUCGUCGAUAGAGGACCUACAGAAUGAUACGAGCGCAAGCGCACAACACCUGAAAGCCGCAAUUACACUACUACCAGAGCUACGGGAGAGAAAAGCCGUGUUGGAUAUGCACAUGAACAUUCUCGCGGCACUGCUGACAGGGAUACAAAAACGGCAACUGGAUAACUAUUUCCAGAUGGAAGAGAACGUCAUGAAGCAGACCAAGGCCCAGAUACUCGAGGUCAUCAAAGAUAACGCCAAGGGCCAGGAGCCGUUAGACAAGCUCCGCUUGUUCAUCAUCUGGUUCCUAAGCACAGAGCAAGAAGUUAGUCGCACCGAUUGGACUCAAUUCGAAGAAGCCCUAGCAGCCGCGGGAGUCAAUACUACUUGUCUCGCUUAUAUCCGGCAGGUUCGCGCCACGACGAAGAUGACCCAAUUAACCACCAUCGGUCCGUCGCAACCCGCCUCGCAGUCCGGCUCAACUGCCCUUUUCGGCCACUUUUCCUCCUUAUCAAACCGGCUGACAGACCGUCUGAAGGAGACGGGCGUCGGCGUACCAACGAAUCUCGCGUCCAACUUCGACUCCUUGAUCGGGGGUAUUAAGAAUUUCCUACCGGCGAACCGCGAUCUGACCCUCACCAAGAUCGUCGAGUCGAUCAUGGACCCGCAGGCGGCGGCGACGUCAGCCAUCGCUAAGACGGAAAACUACCUGUACUUCGACCCGCGGAGCGCGAACGCCCGGGGAAACAUGCCGCCGCCGAGCGCGGUGCGGGCCGGGGCCGGGAGCACGCCCGGAUCGAUGCCAGGGGCCGGGCCGGGGCUUGGGGUGCAGGGCCCGGGGACGGGCGCGAGCUUCGGCCAGCGGCGGCAAGGGUUCACGGAGGCGGUCGUGUUCACGGUCGGCGGCGGGAGCAUGGACGAGUACGGCAACCUGCAGGAGUGGGUGCAGCGGACGGGGGAGGGCCGGGCCAAGAAGAGGGUCGUGUACGGCAGCACGGAGCUGCUCAACGCGCGCGAGUUCAUCCAGGAAGAGCUGGAGCGCCUCGGCCGGGAAGUUCCUUAGACGGGGCGGGUAGGCGGCGGCGAGGGGAAGGGAAGGGAGAGGGGUGGUCGAACCCGAGGACAGAGAUAGGUCGCUAAGCGAGGCGCGCCAGGGCAAAAACAACCCGCGCUUCAUCCAGGCGUCGCACGCACGACGCCUACCUACUAUAAUGCGAGACUCGUACCUGGCGCGACAGGGCCCGUACGCGGCGGUCGGCGGUUGCUUGUAGCAGUAAUAGUAUUAGCGGCAGCAGCAGCGGGCAGGCAACAGGGGGGCGCGGAGGCGGGGGCGGAGGGUACACGGGCAAAAGCAGCUCCGCGCGGCUAGAUAGAAGCAGGCGCUCAGUCAGCUGAAUGGACGAAUUGGAACGACC